UCCCCGGGCGUUUGUCUGCGAAGUCCGGGGCGCAGCGGAAGGCUGCGGCGCGCCGCUGAAUUAACUGAUGAGAGCGAGUUCUUUUCUUCUCCGGGAGGGGUGGGGAGCGAGGGUCCUGGCGGGCAAGGCGGAGAGGCCCGGGGCAGGAUAGCGGUCCCGGGCCGCGGUGGAAAUUUCCAAGGACUUGGCGCGGCGCGGGGAGCGUGUCUGGGGGGUGCCUGGCGGUGAAGCAGCACGGGAGGCGGGGAGAGGCGGCGAAGGGCGCCAGAGCAUCUCUCAGAAGCGGACGCCGCGGGCCAGUAGUCUGGGAGGGAGCCGAGCCUCUCCCCGGACCCGCGCCGAGGGCGACAGUGAUGCUGCAGAACCGGCGGGAGCGACUCGCCGCGGCCGCUCUCUGCGCUCUCCGAGACCCCAGCGCCCGCCUUCUGCAGGGGAAGCGACCAUGACCGUAGCUCGUGAUUCGCCCCCCGGCCACUUCCCCUAGAAAGAAACCAUUGAAAAAGUUGCAUUUAAAAAAAUCCUUGCGCUGACCUUUGGGGCCGUGGGGGCCGAAGAAACGUGCGUGCCAGUGCAAGCCAGAAAGCGGAAGGUGUGUGUGCAUGGGGGGCCGGCGGUGGGGGGACCCUCUGCUGCCACUUUGCCUAACGCUGUGCUGAAGCCGCCCCCUCGGGACCCCGGGGCUGCGAUGAGCCCCUGCGGGCGGGCCCGGCGACACACGUCCAGAGGGGCCAUGGCAGUACUGGCGUGGAAGUUCCCGAGGACCCGGCUGCCGGUGGGAGCCAGUGCCCUUUGCGUCGUGGUCCUCUGUUGGCUCUAUGUCUUCCCAGUCUACCGACUGCCCAACGAGAAGGAGAUCGUACAAGGGGUGUUGCAACAGGGCACGGCGUGGAGAAGGAACCAGACAGCAGCGAGAGUCUUCAGGAAACAGAUGGAAGACUGCUGUGACCCCGCCCAUCUCUUUGCUAUGACUAAAAUGAAUUCCCCCAUGGGGAAGAGCAUGUGGUAUGAUGGGGAGUUUUUAUACUCAUUCACCAUUGACAAUUCAACUUAUUCUCUCUUCCCCCAGGCAACCCCAUUCCAGCUGCCCUUGAAGAAAUGCGCGGUGGUGGGAAAUGGUGGGAUUCUGAAGAAGAGUGGCUGUGGCCGUCAAAUAGAUGAAGCAAAUUUUGUCAUGCGAUGCAAUCUUCCUCCUUUGUCAAGUGAAUACACUAAAGAUGUUGGAUCCAAAAGUCAUUUAGUGACAGCUAACCCCAGCAUAAUUCGGCAAAGGUUUCAGAAUCUGCUGUGGUCCAGGAAGACAUUUGUGGACAACAUGAAAAUCUAUAACCACAGUUACAUCUACAUGCCUGCUUUUUCUAUGAAAACAGGAACAGAGCCAUCCCUCCGGGUUUAUUAUACACUGUCAGAUGUUGGUGCCAAUCAAACAGUGCUCUUUGCCAACCCCAACUUUCUGCGUAGCAUUGGAAAGUUCUGGAAGAGUAGGGGAAUACAUGCCAAGCGCCUGUCCACAGGACUUUUUUUGGUGAGUGCAGCUCUGGGCCUCUGUGAAGAGGUAGCCAUCUAUGGUUUCUGGCCCUUCUCUGUGAAUAUGCAUGAACAGCCCAUCAGCCACCACUACUAUGAUAAUGUCUUGCCCUUUUCUGGCUUCCAUGCCAUGCCAGAAGAAUUUCUCCAGCUCUGGUAUCUUCAUAAAAUUGGUGCACUGAGAAUGCAGCUAGACCCAUGUGAAGACACUCCACUCCAGCCCACUUCCUAGGGACCAUGGGAAAAGAAAGAACUGAGCCAGGGUAUUUUUGUUAGAUUUUUUUACAUGACUCCAAAAGGAAAUGGUCAAGUCGUUUCAUGGAUUCACAUGGGCCACUUGGAAAAACAAAACAAAACAAAACAAAACAACUACAAACCCCCAAGAGAAACUCUACUUUGAUGAUGGCUUGGAAGACAAACAAGAAAUGAAACAUCCUAUGAAAUAUUUUGUAGCAGAUUGUGGAUUUGCAACUAGUAACACGCUGAUGGAGUAUGGAGUAAUGUUGGUGAAACACAUUUACAUGGUUCUGAUCUAGAAGGUGCAGUUCACAAACAAAACAGAACUCUAGCUGCUGAGGCUGAGCAAUUAAUCAAGGUAGAGUAAAGGAAAUGCCAGGGCAAAGUGUUACUGAUUAUCAACACAAUCUGGAUUAAAAAAAACCUAUCGUAUAUUAUAGAACAUAGGUUUUUAAAAAAUUAAUAUUUAUUUUUGCCCUAUUGAGGGGCAGUGAGUGGGUGAUGAGGUAGAUUUAAAAAAAAAAAAACCUUACUGAGUAAUAAAGAUACGAAACACUACAGCUAAUUAUUGUGAUUUGUUGAACCAAGUCUAUGUUAACUUUAGUCUCCUUCCAUUUAAAAAAUGUUAAAUAAGAAUUGCUUCCUCUCCUUUUGUCAAAUCUACUUAGACAAUGUGAAUGAAGCAUUGUAGAAUUUAGACUGUGUUGGUUCAUAGUCUGGAUAAUGUGAGAUACUUUCUCUCCUCAGAAUUGAGGGCAUAAACUCCAUUUUAGGCCUGCAUUAUUUAAGCCUAUUUGUAUUAUUAUGUUAUUUCAGUGCAAGAAGACUGCAAAUAUGAGUGCAUUAUUUAUUUGCAAAUUGGCAUAAUCGUCUUCCUAAUUUAAUGCUCAGAGAUGAAGUAAAGCACAAUGAUGUAAGGUUUAGUCUGGAAACAGACUGGAGGGCACAUCCCUUUUCUAUCUACCAUUGUAUAUUAUUCACUCCAAGAUACAUGCAAACAAAACAUGCAUAUAUUUAUGUACACACACACACAUACACACAGGUAAACAAAGCUCAUUCCCAUACAAGUAGGAAAGCUGAACCCACAUGACCUAGUAUGGCAAAAUAUGUACCAUUGUCAAAGAGCUACAAAUGUAUAUUAUGAACUACCCACCUCACCUUGAUAAAAGACAGGCCGACUUACUGCUGCUUCUCAUAGUGCUUACACCAGCGUCACCCCCAAAUGCUUACCCCAAAUGAGCAGAAUUGUUUUACUCAUUCUGACUCUCCCUAACAUCUCAUGAAUGGACCUUGUGUUGAGGGUGGUGACACAAGGCAUGAUUCAUACAAGUAAAGGGAUGUGAAUUUGUAGAUGUUGAUUCCCCUGGUAGUAGCAGGUAAGGCUACUCCGAAAGCUUUUUACAUCAGCUUUCACACUGCAAACAAACUCUACUGACAGAUUACAAGCAGCCAAAUGUGUUUACGUGUAAGAGGAAGAUAAAAGAGGCCUCUCGUUGUCUUUGUGUUUUGGAAUGCCUUAAUCUAAAGGGAGACACUAGAAAUCACUCUUUUCAUUCUUUUAAAUGUCACCAGAAUGUAAGCAAACUAUGCCAAAAAGUUCUGCUUCAUUUUUAAUGGUAGAGACUUAGUAUAC